AUGGUGUCCCCUCCGAAACCCAUCGUGCCCACGGAGCGCUACCAGAAGCUCUUAUCGACUGAGGAAAAACUUUUUUCACCGAGUCAAGGAGAGCGGUGAAAUAGAAAUUUGAUUUGCGCCACUGCUUUUCUGAUGGUUACUGCAAGAAGCGAAGGCCGCCCAAAGGGAAACUGACGCAUGACGAAUUUUUUCCGAGACAAGGGCACGAGCAUGUAGCAAUUUUUGACUCUACGUAAAAGUCAUUUUCCUCUCCAUACCGGUGCAUCUACAACCCGAUGGGGCACGUGGAUAAGGGCCAACACGCAGAAAUUGUGAUUCAGGUAUAAGAAUUUUUUUUGUUGGACCGAUCGCGCAAUAAAUCACCCGAAGAUGCAGACAUAUUCAUUGACCACCAUCAUGUGUUUAAUAUUCGAAAGCAUCAGGUGCUGAAACACACAACAGCUCCGCCACGUGAGUUCUUCCUCCGGCGCGCAAUCCGAGUACGCGAAGCAUUAUCAAGUGUAAAAAUUUCUGGGUCUGGAAGAAUGCGCGAUUUGUCAUGCUUCUCUGGCAUGACUACUUAAAUCUGUCAUGCAGGUUACCCAAGAGCCCCACUUUCCUGUCAUGCAAAAACGCAGUUUGUCAUGCAGAAUAGGCAACACCUAGAAGCUCAGAAACUUGCCAUGCUGAGCCAGCACUUAUGGCUUCCUCAUGAUACGCCACCCAGCAUCACAAGUUUCCAGACCCAGACAUUUUUACAUUUGAUAAGCAGCCGAAGAAGCAGCCGGAUAGUUUCAGCCUGAAAAAUAUUACAAUGAAAAAUGCCCCCACCCCCGAACGUGGAAGCAUUUGUAUUGCAAAACUUUCCAAAUGAAACAUUCGCCCUCUUGCAUCUAUCAGCAUCACAGGUUUUCAAUCGUGAAUAGCAAAAAUUUGCAUUGCAAAAGACCCCAGCAAGAGCGGCACUUGUCAUGCAAGCGAUGCGAUACACACCUACAUUCUGCAUCAGAAAGAUUCAUACUCCUUUCAUGCAUGACAAAAAGUUUUCAUUUGCAAACUUCGCAUCACAAAUUUUUGCAAUUUAGGGUUGGGGGGCACUUUUCACUGUAAUAAAAAAUAACCCCCAGCAGUUGCAGCACUUUCCCUUUCCGAAGUCCUUCCGGCGGAAGGUGGCUGAGAUAUGCCUUGCAAAGAAUAUGUCUGGGUCUGGAAAGAGUGGCACUUGUGAUGUUGCUAGCUGACGAUCAUACAAAAAUCUGUAUUGCAUGAGCAGCACGAACAGGCACCAAGAUUUUUGCAACCCGGAGAGGAAUGAAUUUCUUAUGCAGAAUAGGCAUGAACGAGCCGUCGCGAAACCUGUAAUGCUGGAGCAGGCAUCACCGACAUUGCGGGCCGUGCAAAAUCUGCAUGGCACACUCCCUCAAUCUUCCAUACCCAGGCAUAUUUGCAGUGGAUACGAGAUAGACCUGAGCAAAAACCUGGAGCUGGAGCUUCUGGAGCCCUUCAACGGAAGAAUUGGAUCUUCGCUGCAAAAGCCGCCGACUUCUUCCGCCACCGGGGCCAGUAGUAGCUCCGGCAGCAAGGGCAGCAGCUCUGGCGGGGCAAACAACGAGCUGAAUCUGGUGAAGAUUGAUCCCGACGAGAUCACAACCGAAGUCGCCGGGCAGAAGCGAAAAUUCCCCGGCAGCGGGCUAGAAAUGGCGUUCAGCAGGAGGGCGGAAAAGUAUUUUUCAAUUGAUAGAUGCUCUGUCUUCGGAACACCUACUUAAGUACACCACUGAAGCUUGGCUUUCUUUACCAAGCACAACAUCUACUUCCGCAUGAGUAGGUUUUAGUUUUACUUAGUAUAAUUUUUCUGUUAGUGCAAGAAAAGUAGGCCUCGUCUUGCUUCUAGAGCAACAAGUUUCUGGUAUUUUUUCAUGAGGAAAAGCAAAAGUCUUUAUCUUCUAACAGAGAAGUCAGGCCGGACGCCAUUGAGGCGCGGAAAAAAUAUCUGGAAGAGAACGACGACCUGCCCGUUUUAUUUGACAAGAUGUUCGACUUCCUGAUGUCGAAAAAGCCGAUAACGCCCAUAUCCUGAGGAAAAACGUCCCCACACCAGAGUCAGGAUGGGGAUGUCGCAACACAAAUCCAGAAGUUUUGGGCGUCCCGCAUGACAAGCUCCCUCUGUACUGUAGUGCAGUUUAGCAAGUGCAGAAGCAUCACAACGCCACUUACGUAUCCUGUUUAUUGCAUUACAAGCUUGUUCAAAACUAGACUGGAAAAGCCUCUGAUGAGGAUGCGCAUCACAAAUGCUCCUGUAGUUGCAAAUCUGCAUGACAACUCUGGGGUGGGGACGUUUUUACACGGCAUAGCCCAAGUCGGCGCUGGCGGAUUUUCUGUUCCAGCAAUACGAGCUAUGAGUGUGCACAACUCCCCCUCCCCCUCAGUUGUAUUGCAUGAACAGCAAUACAGACACCCCCACCUGUGGAGCCUGUGCAUGACAAGUUCAUGCACCUAGUGUAGUACUUACUGUUUGGGGUUCCGGAAUCUGUCAUGCAAAUAGUACCACGCAGCAACGCUUGGGUUUGGUACUUUGCAUGACAAAUAAGGGGGAGGGGGCGUUGUGCACUCUCAUACGAGCACGAUCGGCUGGACCGAGACCGAAAGGCGCGGCUGGAGCGGGAAAAGGAGCUGAAGGUGGAGCCGGCGAAGUAUGCAUUGCAAAAAUGUCUGGGUCUGGAAGAUUGCAGGAGUUAGAGUUUGUCAUGCAUAUUUUGAAUGACCCAUGAUGUCUGUGAUGCAUGCCCUAGCAUCACAUAUUUUUAGAGGGCCUUUCGGUUUCGUUGCCUCUACUGCAUGAAAAAUGCCCUCUCCGCGUAGCACAAACUGGAGUCCUCUUGCUGGUCCUGCAAUACAAAUUUUUUAGAAUCCAGCGACAGCAUUACAAUCUAUCUUCCAGACCGAGACACUUUUGCAAUCCAUACGAAGGUCUUGAUACCCAAACCGCCAACGAAGGUCAUCGAAUACAAGCUGGAGGACGAGAGAAGAAGGCAAGACCAAAAAGACAAGAAGCAAAAAAAGUAUCAAUAACGGAUGGAUAUAGUUGGGAAGUUUUUGCUGCGUAAUAAUUUAUCCUUUUGAUUGUGGUCCUUUCAUCGUGCAUAGCGUAAGUACAACAAGUAUUCCAAAACCGAAAACCCCACCGCUUCUCAGAAUCGACAUGCUGGAAGCCUACGAUGCGGAGCAGAAGCUCAUCCAACGGGGCCGGGAUCUAUCCUGUUCAAAAGUAUCGUAUUCGUAUUGCAAUCAUGCAAUACAAAUCUUUUUGUUGAGUCAAAUCCGCAUUACAAAUUUUGUUUCUCAUGCUGAGGAAAUUUGUAAUGCAUUUACACGAAUACGAUACUUUUGCAGUUCAUAGGAUCUUCUGCGCAACAAGAUGGUGGCCAAGGCGGGCCAAAAUCUGAAGAACAAGUUCAUGGGGCGCAAGACGGAGCCGCCACCGAGCACGCAGGUGGGGGAAGACGGGUCUCCGAUAGUAGCACCGCCGCAGGACGACUUCAUGACGUCGGUUCUGGGAGGCAUGACCGUCGAUCCCAAGCUGUUUCAGUCAGCCACCAUGGAGGAUUUGGGUAUCAACUGCAGAAAACAUGUCUGAGUCUGGUUCUGGAACACUGGAGGUGAAGAUGACUUGCAUGAGCCAGAAGUUCUUCCUCUGGCGUGCAACAAAUGGCAUAUAUCACACGUUUCAUCAUCAGCGAGGAGGUUUCUUCUAAGUGGUUAUCCCGCAUGAAGUGAAAUCCGCCACGUUUUGCUUGCUAUGCAUGACAGAUUUGCGUCUGGUCUAAAACGCGCAUCGCAAGUUUGCAUCCAUCCAGACCUCCUCCCGGACCACAUGUUUGCAAUGCAUAGGAGGAACAGCAGAGCAAGCGGCAGCGCCUUCCGCCGACGUGAAAAACAAGCCAACUUCCGUGCGAGUAAGUGCCGCGCCGCCACUGGAAAACGAAACCCCGGCCGCUCCUGCGGGGGUAGCUGCAGAAGGUGCACGAGACGAGGACCUAUCUCCCGCUGCUUCCGGCCUCGCCGUCUCAGAUGAGGUGCCGGUCGCGCCCGAACUGCCUACGCCGGCGGAUCACCAAGAACAUGCGGACGAGACGCAGCCAGCAGCAGAUGGAGGUGCUCAGGAGCAGAUCCUUACCAGUGGUCCACCGUCGUCUCCGGCGAAGACGGAAGAGGUCGACUCGCCCGGCGUCGGGGAUCAUGGCAGUAUUGAGGGCGGCUGAGGAAUAAACAAGCGGGAUAGUAGAGGACUCAAAGCUGCGAUAGCUUAGUGUUUGGCUUUGGGCAUCCGUCACAAAAUUUUAAACUUUGGAACAAUAGUAAACCAAGUGCAUGAAGAUCAAUUGCGAAGCAAAAAGAAGCUGGUGCGCCGCACACCAAAAACUGAGACUUUUGAUUGCAACUUGGAUGAGGAUGCAGUCAUGUUGUGGAUGUCGUCUCCAAAGUAAGUGUAGCAUGCUGUUGUCCGGUAUGAGCUGC